CAGUUUAUUUUUUAUAAAUUCUCUGCAGGAGAAGUGCUAGCCAUUGGCAAUGGUUGUGGAAAACGGGCUGAAGGCAUCCGAUGAGGUCUCUCGCAGCUCUAGGCAUGGAGUUGCUGCCAGAAGGACUCAAACUGCUGUCAAAACCAAGGUGGUGAUCCGCCGACUGCCGCACAGCAUGUCGGAAGCCGAGUUCCUGGACGCCGUUGGACCUUUGGGGCCGCACGAUUACUUUUAUUUCGUCGAAGGUUCUUCGAAGCAAGGUCCUUUUGGCUACGCAAGGGCCUACAUAAACUUCGUUGACAUCAAUGACCUGGCCGAGUUUGGUCAAAAGUUUGACAACUAUGUGUUCGUUGACGCGAGUGGGACCGAAUACCCUGCCGUUGUGGAAUACGCGCCUAGUCAGCGGAUCCCGAGGAAACAACCGAGACCCGUCGCGGGCGGCGCGACUGUUGGCGGCGAGACUGAGAAGCCCGGCAAAGCGAAGUCUGAAGUGGUGGGCACGUACGAAUCCGAUCCGAUGUUCCAAGCAUUCUUGGAGAAGCUCAACGCCGAGCCCGAAACUAUUCCGCUUCCUACGCCGGAGGAUUUGCUGGCCGAAAUCGAGGCCCGUGAUAAGGAGCUCAAAGCGAGUAACGGUGUUCCGAUUGUGAUCACGCCGCUCAUCGAACGCGUGAUGGAACUGCAAGCGGAAAAGGGAAGAUGGCGUGACGAGAAACGGGAAGAGCGGAAACGGAAGGAGCAGGAGAAGAAGCGGCUGCGCGAAGAGGAGCGAAGGCGGAAGACGAAGGAUCAUCACCCCCAUUCGCACAGAGAUCGCGAGAAGACAGACACUGGUCACGGGAAGUCAGUGUCGUCGAGGGUUCGACACAAUAGCAGGGACGCUGACGAGCCUCGACGUCCGCCGCCGAGAAACAAUGCGAAUAAGCCAGCGUUGAGGAAGAACAAGUUGGAGGAGAAGCGAUCUGACGAGUCUAUUCCUUCGAUUAAGCUACUCAGAAAGCCUUCGGUUGCCGUCGAUGGCGAAGAAGACGGGUCAUACGAUGGCGGAAAUAGUCAGCAGCCGUCGAGCAAGAGGACCGCCAACAGCAGCAGUAGCAGUAGCUUAACGUCGGUGAAGAGAGACGACGAGCGAGAGGAGAGAAUGGUCGUGAAAUCCGCGGUGUUUUCAUCAAAGACGGGGAAGCGAUCCUCGACCAAGUCCUACCGGUUUGACGACGGCGGCGACCAACCUUCCUCGGCGGCAACGGGCAAACAACGGCGGUCCCGAGACCCCGAUGAACCCGGGGGAAAAAGUGAGAAGGAUGAGGAUUCCAAGGCGAGGAGAGAGCGCGAGAAGCGACGGAACAGGGAUCGGCCGGCGAUGGAGAUUUAUCGACCGCCGCCGCGACGAAGUGGUCAGUCGGAUGCAGCGGCCGAGCCUGAUGGCGAACAGCACGAGCGGCCGCCACGCGAACACAGUCCGGAAGAUGGCGCCAGAGGUUCCAAACCCGUGCAAAAAUCUAUGACCUUCCGUCGAAACCACGAGUGAUACAGACCGUCUGUGUUUUUGUUUCAUUGUUUUGGUUUGCUCUUAAAAUGUUCACGAAAUUUCACGCGAAUUUUCGAAUUGCCUCUUCGGAAAAAAAAAAAAUGCAGUACCUGUAGUGUGUUGAACCUCGCCCGUUCCAAUAAAUGGGGUCGCCUGAAUUUUCUCGUUUCUGUGAGAUUCAGUUGUGUCUUGAGUUAGGUUUAGAGAAGCUGAGAACUGUUCCGUUCAAUUUCAAGAGUGAGAUGACAAAUUCCGUAAGGAGGGGAAAACUUUGCGUUGAACUGUUA